AUGGCUACCAACGUGGAACGAAUUGAUGUCCGUGUUGGUUCUUUACCUUCAGAUGUUGUGGUACUCAAACAACCAUCGGUGGACCAGACUCAUCAGAACAACCCACUUUUAGGGCUACCUAUUGUGGCCAUCGAGGCAAUCCUCAAUUUUUUGUCUUACGAUGAAAUCAGUUUGCUGCGCUCGGUUUGUAAGCGAAUGGAUAUGAUCUGCCAGCGUGUUCUUAAUCAGGGCUUCCUCAAGGUGGAGCGUUAUCACAGCAUGUGUCAGAGGCAAGUCAAAGCUCAACUUCCGAGACGAGAGUCUGAACGAAGAAAUCAUUCAUUGGCUCGUCAUGCUGACAUACUCGCUGCUGUGGAGACGCGCCUUUCUCUCCUGAACAUGACGUUCAUGAAAUAUGUUGACUCCAACCUCUGCUGCUUCAUCCCUGGAAAGGUCAUAGAUGAAAUCUACCGUGUCCUUCGAUAUGUGAACUCGACUCGAGCUCCACAGCGAGCUCAUGAAGUUCUGCAAGAAUUGAGGGACAUCUCCUCCAUGGCAAUGGAGUAUUUUGAUGAGAAGAUUGUUCCCAUUCUGAAGAAGAAGCUGCCUGGAGCCGAUUUGUCUGGGCGCCUCAUUGGCUCUGCUCCAGUGGCUGGCCCAUCAAGUUCUCUAACCACCAUGUCCUUGCUGGCCAAGAACGCGCCAUCACGCUCCGAGAUGACCAAAGUGCAGCAGCAAGUGAAGGUCAAUGGAGCAUCUGUGACAGUUUUGCGGCGGGAGAUGCAAGAAAUUCGUGUCAAGCAGUUAGAACAACAGAAGCAGCUGCAGGACCAAGAGCAGAAGCUGCUUGAACAGACACAAGUCAUUGGUGAACAGAAUGCCCGCCUUGCCGAACUGGAACACAAACUCCGUGAACUAAUGGACAGUAGUGCUAUGGGAGGAUCCACGCCCAGAACAUCUGUCCCUUCCACAUCCAAUGCUGCUGUGCCCUCCACUACUUCCAGUCUUCCUGCCAUGGGGUUAGAAAAUGGCAGGGCAGAAGCCUCCUCUACAGCCAGAGAACUGGCUUGUGAGGGAGAGCCAUCACUGAAACGCAACAGAAAAAGCUCAGACCUUUUACGAAAGUCAAAACGUUUGUGUAGCAAGAAAUGAAACGGUGUUAUUUAAAUAUUCUGCUUUGGUCCUAAAAUCACUGUUUAUUCUUUAUCUCUGUUUGAUUUUCUCCCUGUGUUAUGUUUUCAUGGUAGUUAGAAAAUGUUUUUAUUCCUCGGGUUCCCUAAUUCAUGAGUCAUCUCAGCUUCACAGAAAAGCUAAAGAAAGAAUCUUGUGUCUCAAAUAUGUUUACAAUUGAAAAAAAAAAAGAAUGAAAUUAAAAUGCAUUCAUAAAUUACUCAAUAUUGGGAAAACACACAUUUUUGGAACUUCUUAGUCAGGAAAAUAUCAUGCUCGCAGAAUGGGUGAAAGUUACUUUCGUGGACAAAUUAUUGGUACCUCUGUUAAUCAAAGAAAAACCCACAGUGGUUAUAUAAAUAACUUUAAUCUAACAAAAGUAAUAACAAACUCGAGCUGCGAGCAGCGCUUGACAAAGUGGUUCACAAUAUUCUGUUGGCUCAUUUGCAGCACCAGGUGGGCAUUAGUGGUAGCGCCCUUGAGAUAAAGUCCUAUUUGGCUGACAGAACUUUAUCUUAGACUUGGUUGCUCCGAGUCCCCCACUGCACCACUAUCGAAGGAUGUUCCACAGGGUUCAAUUCCGGGGCCUCAACUCUUUGUAUCUGCUUCUUUUGGGUUCCAUCUUAAGGAAGCAUGUUUUUUUCCUUCCAUUGCUAUGCAGAUUACUGUCAGAUCUCUGUCCCGUGGAUCAAAAAAGACAUUUUUUCAUGGAGUCCACUUUUGUCCUGUCUGGAGGAAAUAAAGACCUGGAUGGCAUUGAAUCUCUUGAAUUUCAAUUAAAAGCAAACAGAAAUUAUGUUAUUUGGUCCUAGUGGCUCUUGUACAUCAGCCUGCUGACUUGGGCUCCUUGGCUCCUUCUCGAAAGCCAACAGUCUCAAACUUAGGUCUGAAACUGGACAUUGAUUUUAAAUUGGACCACGAGUUCGUGCUGUUGCUAAAUCCAGUUUCUUUCAUCUUGGGCAGCUGGAAAGCCCCUCCUUUCUCUACAGCACUUUGAAACAGCUAUUCAUGCCAUCAUCACAUCUCUUCUCAGCCCCUAUGCACCUCAGAUCUGCAGACCAGACGCUAUUAAGAGGUAGUGAUAACUAAGUGAAGGCUCAGAGGGUAUCGAACCUUUCCCAUUGCGGGCCCCUCUCUUUUGAAUGACCUUGUGGUUUUUAUUGUCUCUGCUUUUUAUUGUUUUUGUCGUUUGUUGUUAUACCACUUAUUUUUCCAUGUACAGCACUUUGUAUACAGUGGUGGUUGUUUUAAAUUGCUCUAU